CCUUAACCGGAAACAAUCACUAAAAUCAAAAUGGGGAAGUCCCUUCACUCAGAAGUCUAGUGCGGAACAACUCGUGUUAUAGAAACAUGCCGGGUGACAAAGUUGGUGGUACGGAGUGCGAGGAGAUGCUGAAGGCAGCCUCCGAACCAUUCUCCCAGUGUGACGUCCAUGCAGCUGAGAUGAUAGAGAAGAACAUUGCCUGCCUGUCGUGCAAUAAGCUUGUGUGUGCUCUGUGCAUGCGUGACUCACACCUCAGUCACGACAUCAUCAGCGUCAAUAAACUCCGCGACUGCAUGACUCUACGGGAGAAGGUGGCUGAUGAUCUGAAUGAGCUCCAAGUGCUGCAGAAGCGGCUCCAGACACAGAUGGAGGAGAGGAAGAUGACACAGAAAGAGAUCGAGUUGUCCAACAAGAAGAUGUGUGCCGAGAUAGACGGGGCAUUUCAGCAGCUUCAGACCGUGCUGCAUGAUAAAAAGGAAGAAAUAAAAAAACACUUGACGACAUAUCAUGAGGAGAACCUAGACUGUCUGAGAUCGGACCUGAAAACCCUGGAGGAGAAGUACAUGAACUCGACACGGAUGAUCCAGAAGGUGAUAGCAUGUACGACAAAGCCGCAGCGCAGCGUCAAGGAGAUGCUGGAUCUGCCACAACAACUGAAGGACAUGGUGAACCAGUCACAGCUGUUGGGCAGUCUUGACAAUGUAGAUAUCCUUAAGGCGGAAAACAAGUUUGCAAAGGUGUUGCCCUCUUUGGAGGCUGUAGCCAACAUAUGUCGGACUCUUCACCCAGAAGCGACGAAGGUGGUGUGGAGUAAGGUGACCCCUGAGAGGAAGGACAACGGUACAUUAUCCAGUAGUUUAAAGAGAAAGUCAAGUUCAGCCUUUAAAACAAUGAAAAGAAUAAAAUCCUCAUCUUCUCCUAAACCCAUGGAAUCGGCCAUGCAUCCAAAGUCUCUCCCAGAGCCGACACCAGGUGCAGAGGUGGCAACACAUCCAGUUACACCCUUCUCAAAGUCUCCAUCACGGACAAAGCCACCAAACUCACCAGCAACACCACUGACAGCAUCAGCAAAAACGCCUGCAUCAGUAACAACACCAGCUGGCACUCUUAGUCCCAGGACAGUUCCACAUGCAGUACAGGACUCGGUGGAGCAAAACACGUCACGGCUGCCUGAUAGCAGUACAGGCACACCUGUUGCAGCCAACAAGGAGUAUAAACUCAUCAAUCUGGAGCUGGUGCAAGUUGUGCAAGGAAGCUUUGUGAUGGGUCCCAUUGGGACGGGUCCCAAUGUGAUGGGGAAGGAUCUUCAUAUCGGCAAGGUCGUGGAGGUCACCCAGCUUCACAGUCUCCAUUUUGUCAGUGUGCAGUGGUACCAAGGCUCUGUUGGAAAAUCAAAGCAGUUUACACUAUCUGAGAAAUGGAUCAAGAAAAGUGAUUUGGUGAACAGCGAGGACCUGAUCUGCAGUUUCACCUUCGAUCCCCUCAAACCCAUCACCGAUUCCUUGGAGAAAGAGUUGGUCCGAGCAGGAGAGGAGUUCAACAUCAGCGGGAGUUCUUCAUCACCUUGGACGAAGCGAGUCCGCACUGCCAAGACAUCAUAACAAUAGAAGCUCUCCCUGUAAUCCUCAAACAGCCAUCAAAUUUACUUGAAGCAAAGUGGAGUUGUGUACCUUAAUCAUGUGAGGAUCUACUGAACUUUGGUUCAAAACCAAGAUUUGCCCUGAUUGUGACCCUUGCUUCCACCUUUUAAAAUUUUCAAGACAAUACAGAGUUGUGUUCCUUAGUCAUGCCAGGAUCUCCUGAAUAUGCUCUUAUGUCCAAGAUUUACUCUGAGUUCUCCAAACAAUGUCCCUUAGUCAUGGAAGAAUCUGCUGAUUUGGGUUUACAUCCAACAUAUGCCUUGAUACUGAUCCCUGUUCUGCCAUUGCAAUUCUUUAAGAUAACGCAGAGUUGUGUCCCUUAGACAUGCUAGGAAUUGCUGAUUUGGGGUUUGAAUCCAAGACUCCCCCCUGAUUAUGGCCAAACCAAGCCAUGCUCCAGGGUUUGCGAAUGAGUAUGGUGUUACAUUGCUUUUAGCAAUACACCAGCAAUAUCAUGUCAGAAAUGGGCUUCACACAUUGUACCCAUGUAGGGAUCCAAGCCUGGGUCUGACACUUUAACCCCAUCUCCCCCAGGGUUAGCAACAUCUGCUGUUUACAUCAUGUUAUGGCGCACUCCAACGUUAGCCUGAUGCCAUCGAUUGUCUCUGAUUUGCAGAUUUGUUGAGUCAUGACAUAAAAUGUUUGUUUGAAGUUAUCGUGGUAUUGGAAAUAAUUUAUAUGCACAUGGCAAAUAUUCCCAUGCUUGCAAGGGCAUGAGACCCAUGAAGAUUUGGGUUAGAAUUGAUCUUCAGUAACCCAUUCUUGUCGUAAGAGGUGACUAACGGGAUCAGUUGGUCAAGCACAUAUCAUCAUGUCAAGCACGUGUCAUCAUAUCCCAGUUGCGUAGAUCGGUGCUCUUGCUGUUGAUCACGGGAUUGUCUGGUCCAGACUCCAUUGUUUACAGACCGCUGCCAUAUGGCUGUAAUAUUGCUGAGUGCUGCAUUAAACUAAACUAACUUACUCAUUCCAAAGGAUUGCUGGAUGAGUGAUUAGGUCAGAUGAAUACUGGUGCCUGGUUUCAUGAAUUUGAUAUUUAGUUAGUGACUCUACCAAAGAGUUGUUUCAUGGUCAGAAAUGCUUAAGAAAGUGGCGAUACCUACAUUCCUCAAGCAAUAAGCAAAACACUGGUGAAUUUCUCCUGACUCGGCAUGUUUUGCAGUGCUGUGAUUGUUGUGUUGGGACCUUGUUAAACUAGACGAGAAACAGAUGGAUGAGAUACUGUUCACUCAUCUUUCCAUUUUGGGAUGUAAAAUUCUUUUCCGACUUUUUAAGCCUGCUAGAAACCAGUUUUUCUUGAAUAAAUUUUAAGAGAUUCUUGAUAACUUAGUAAUUGCUUCGUCAGCAUUUAUGGCCCUAUGAUUUUGUCAAGUGUAUGUAUAUAUAUGAUAGUUACAAAUGAUUACAAUAUUUUUUGUGAUA